AUUGUAGUAAACUCCUUUAAAACCUGUGGGCUAUCUAAUGAUCUCAAUGGUACAGAAGAUGACUUAAUAUGGAAAGAAGGUGUUGUGAGGGAGGAUGAACCAGCCAUAGUUUUACCAGAGGAUGUUUGUGAAGACGAUGAAUCAUUAUAA